AUGGCUGCAGAACACGGAGAGCUGUUGGCUGAGAUGGCCACCAUUGGGCGCCUGAGUGCCACCGAGCGCCUGAAGCACGCCCAGAAGCGUCGUGCCCAGCAGCUGAAGGCAUGGGCGCAGAUGGAGAAGGACGCAGCACGAGGUUCGAGAGCCAAAGCUGACAAGAGGAAGAAGACGCGGACCACGAAAGUCACAUUCCCAAACACCAUCACUCUGCUGGAUGCUGCUGCACGCUGUGACCUAGAAGAGGGUUAGUAAAAAAAACAGACACUUUGUAACACCCACAGCGAAAAAAGGCCUCACAAAGUCAUCCAUGCAUUUGUAUUCAAUUAGAAUUUGUCAGGAAAAUGAGGCUUUUCACUUAGAUAUUCACCUGUCAGAGUUCAAUAUUGUGAAAGUAUUUUGGCUCUCAGAGCCAGGGAGUACUGAGGCUCAGUCCAAGGCUCUGUACCCACUAGGUCCCUGGCAUAUGGAUAUGAUUGUUUCCUUACCUUUUUAUAUAAGUCAGAAUUUAAAUUUACAUUUGAACAAGUAGAAAAUCUGUCUACUUUUGAACAUCUCUUGUGCUGUCCCACUGUUAAAUCUUCAUGUGGGUGGGUUUUUGUGUGGACUUGAAAAUGCCAGUUUCUAGGGCUGAGACGAUAUGCUGUUUCUCCCGAUUCGAUUAUUCUACAAGUUUUUGGGUGCCGAUUUGAUUUCAACUGCUAUUCUACAAUAUUGUCGAUUUUCUCAAUUUUUAGUCUGCAUUUUUAACACCAGUUAAACAGUUGAAUGAUUAUGAUUAUCCACUGACUAUUCUAGGAACCAUAUUUCCCCAAAAAUACACAUCACAUGUAAGUCAGUUUUUAAGAUCUAUUCCUAAAUUUGACAAAAAUAUGAUGUUUGAACGAAAAAAUCGAUUUAAAAAUUGUCAAACAAAAGAUUGCGAUACUUAUGUGAAUCGAUUUUUUUCUCCCACCUCUAAUAGUUACCCUCUUUAUUUGUGUAUUACUGCAGACUUCGCGGUUGCAAACUUGGUCAUGUCGGGAAAAGAUUGUCCAGCUUUCCAGGCUUGUUACAAUUUGCUAAAAUAUGCAAAUAAUGUGAUGCAUGAUGCAUACUAAAGGAGGAAUUUUUGUAUGACUUAACAGUGCAUGUUUUUUUCAUGCAAUUAUAUUGUGUCUCACUCCUUGUUUUUUACCAUCUCAAGGCCUUCACUUAAUCACUGCAUGUGUAGCGGCAUUUAAAUCCCUUGGGGGUGGGAUUCAGCCUAUGACUGCGGCAUUUGGCCCCUUUUUUGCUACUGACCUCCUGAUACAUAAGCACUUUUUUGACCGCUGGCGUGUUGCUCUAUACAACACAGAAUCAAAAGGAAGUUAAUCAUGUUUUAUUCAUCCAAAAUACGUCACACAGUCAAGGCUGUCUAUUAUGAGUGGUGUUAAUGUCAGCAGCAGGAUCGUUGCUAAUUAUAGCUGCAGUUUAUCACUAACUUACACCAAAUGAGGGAGUGUCUUUUAUCUAUUCAUAGACUGAUAGGGUUAUGAUGUUUAUCAGAAAAAGGACUCUGCUCAGGGUGAGUUAUAAUGAUGUUCAUGUGUGUUUUUGUGUGUGUGUGUUCUUGUUCCUUUUAGUGAGGGAGCUGCUUAACAGUGGUGUCAGCCCAGAUCUGGUCAACGAAGAUGGCCUCACAGCUCUACACCAGGUACUCGCUCUGACUGCCGGCUAUGUUUGAAAUGCCAAAACGAGCCUGUCAGACAAAUUCCAGUGCGCUUAAGGUCUUAAGUAUGUGAUGGUUAAGCGUACUGGUACUCACUCCCACAUGUUCAGCGGCUAAUACAGGCACAGCUUUGCAGAAGAUCGGAUGAGGUUAAUUCCACACUUUGAUUCUAAGUCAAGCCCUUACAUUGACAAGACAGGUCCCCCUUUUUGCCCAGCAGGUGUGUGUAUUUCUGUGUAGUGGAAUCACAGCUUACAGUUCACUGAGUACUGUUUGCCUUUAUUUUGUCUGACUCUAAACUUAUCUGAAGUUUACAUGAGCGCGCUACAUUGUUCCCACCAUCUGCACCUUGAGGUGAGGAUGAUUUGCUAAUGUUUACAUUCCCUUCCUGAUCAGAUAGUGGAUUUAAGAGAAGCCCAUGAAAGACUUAAGUGUUUUAUUAGUUUGAUCUUAACACAUACAAGUCUAAGAAUAUUUAUACAGGUACUGUCUGAGUCCCUCCCUACAAGUAAACGCUUAAACCUGCCACUAUAAAUUCAUGAGAGAGGUAUUUGUGUACACAGAGAACUCUUUAUAAAAUCAGUUGACUCUGCUCUUCCCCUUGGAAAACUUUGUGUUUACACAGCAAAGGGUUGGGCCGAGCAUGCAAAUGUUUUCUACAACACGAGCCCGUGUGUUCGCUGCCUGAAAUUGUCAUGCCUACAGUCUGUUUACUCAAGUUGUCAAUGCAUGUUUUGUGGCCGUCUGCACCUCUUUUGGCAAUCACACGGGGGUGACAAAUAUUCACAUUUGCCCCUUUCUCCCCAGUGCUGUAUUGAUGACUUUGUGGACGUAGUGCAGUGCCUGCUAGAUGCUGGUGCCAAUGUGAAUGCCUGUGAUAGUGAGCUGUGGACUCCGCUGCAUGCUGCUGCCACCUGUGGACACACCGGGCUGGUGCAGCUCCUAAUUCAGGCGUGAGUUCAACCAUUUGCACCUUCAGCCCCAUUAUUAUACAUCCUUCUUUCAUGGAGAGUAAUUCAAGAUCCCUCAAAAAAAACAAACACAGUUAUAUCAAAUGUUUUUGAUCUGUGUUACUAUUUUUUUUCAGACAAAUCAGGCAAAAAUUCAGGCAAACUGGAUAUAAUUGUCUAUCAAGAGCUUAUGCAACAACAGUGAAAGUCUGCUUUACAAAAAUGCAAAUAUGGCUGCAGCUUGACUUAAAACUCACUUUGCAAGCAAAUGAAUAUUCUGAAGUGGCUGAGCUAAUCAUCUGUCUUUGCAUAUGGCACAUUCAUACCAGUGUUUGUGUGUGUGUUUAUGCUUCUAGUGGGGCUGACCUGCUGGCUGUCAAUGCAGACGGCAACAUGCCCUAUGACCUCUGUGAGGAUGAGGCCACCCUGGAGCUGCUGGAGAUGGUCAUGGCCGAACAGGGUCAGUAAACCGUGUCAAAUCAAACUUCAUAUUUAAGUUGCGUUCAUUUCUUUACCUGGUAUGUGCCUGAAAAGAAAAGUAGUCAUUUAUUUUUAAUCAUAAUCUUUAGAUGAUUAAAACCAAAACAGUUUCAGAGAUGGUCAAGACAUUAAGCUGCCAUGCACUUUUAAAUACCAUCUGUUUGAUUAACAUCUUUGUCUUUCAAGCCUUGCAUCCAAUAUGUUAGUAAAAAUUUGAAGUAUUAAUCAGACUUCUUUGUACAAAACCAUUCUGGGUCAAAUUUCUACCUACUUAUUCUCGCUCUUAAUCCAGAAGGUUGUUAAUAAACUUGCUCAACAUUGAACAACUGUUUUUUCCACAAGUCUGAAGUGAAUUUGGUAAGAAAGCUUAGAGUUUUAGCACCCAGUGCACACAGUCCCAAACUUCAAAAUGAACGUAACCCAAAUGUUUUAUGUUUAUGGAACUGUAUUUGGAUCUCAGCCCAACAAACCUCACUCUGUGUUUUCUUAUCUGAUCAUAUUCAAAUGAUAAAAAAGGAUAAAGUCUUAUGGUUAGUGUUCUCUCUCCUUCUGGACUUCAAUUUAAUUUUAAGAGGUACUCUACAACAAAUGUUUUGUAAAAGGAAAAAGUUUGUUUUUAUAAUCAUACACCUUCCCGUCAUUUGUCUGCCACACUUAAUAUCAGGUGUUACACACGAGUGACCAGACUCAGCCGAAAAUAAAACUACUGACGGCUAUAAGCUAAGACUGUUACUGUCUGUGUGCCAACUGGCAUCAUAUCUUUUGUGUGUGUGUGUGUGUAGGUAUAACUCAGGACCGCAUAGAUGAAUGUCGAGGAGCUAAAGAGGCAGCCAUGCUGACUGACAUUCAGGCUCUUAUUCAGAGCGGCGCAGACUUAAACGCUCAGGAUGAUAAUGGAGCAACUCUGGUGAGAGAGGAAAAUAUCUGUUUUACAUUGACAGCAUUUGUUUUUCCAAAGUGUAUUUACAGUUUUAUAUUUUAUAGUGACCCAAAACUUACUUUCCACAGCUACACAUCGCGUCAUCUAACGGCUACAUGUCAGUGGGAGAACUCUUGCUUGAGCACAGGGCUCAGGUGGAGGUGAAAGACUCUGAUGGCUGGACGCCGCUACAUGCUGCGGCCUGCUGGGGUCAAGUAAGUGAGAAGAAGAAGAAGAAGAAACGCAAGAACUUUCCAAGUUUCUUCAGUAACAUAUCACUUGUGUUAUUUGCAUUUGUGUAAUAGAUCCAAAUGGUGGAGCUGUUGGUGGCUCAUGGCGCCAGUUUAAAUACCAAGUCUGUCCUGGAGGAGACACCUCUAGGUAAAACAAGCAGUUUUGCUCUAGUAUACCUGAAUAGCAGCAUUCUUCACCUAUAUAUCUGCUUCAAGAGUAAAAUGAGCCAAAGUUUAAAAAGGGGCUCCUCUUUUAGAGCGCCACACACUCAGUGGUGGCUUUUAUAGGCUUUUUCUUUCAUACUUAAAUGCUUUUUAGAUGUGUGUGUGGACGAGGAAGUCAGAGCCAAACUGAUGGACCUGAAGCACAAACAUGAUGCCAUCAUGAAGAGCCAGGAUCGACAGAAAGGCACGCUGCAAAGACGAGCCUCCAGCGCAGGCAGCAGAGGGUGAGAGGGGAUAUUAGUGCGGGGUACAGAGAGCUCAGAGGGUGAAAGUUACACAACAAUACAAAGUUGGAGCUGUUUAGUGCUUUACUCAGCUGUCUCUCUUGUUUGUCUUUACAGUAAGGUGGUGCGUCGUGUCAGUGUGAAUGAGCGCUCCAGUCUGUACCGGCGGGAGCAUCACAAAGAGGCCAUGGUGUGGCAGGAGCGUGGGCGGCAGCCAGAACCACAGGAUGACGAUGAGGACCGACAAACGGAUAAUGAGCUGCACCAGCAUGCCACAAUGGUGACUGAGAACAUUGUUGUGGGUGUUUUUAAAGAAGACCCGUCACGUUUUACUAGCUCAUGUAACAUUUCCAAAGAGUUGAAGCUGAUCAGUGUAACAUGUUGGUCUUCAGGUCGCGGGUGCUGAUGCCACGUCACGUUUAGAAGAACUGGAGGCCGCAGACAGGAAAAUAGUGUCCAGUCUCGGUAAUGGAGGGACAUCUGUUUCUCUGGCCUCAUCUGUACCAGGAGAGCUGUGGAUCGGUGGGGGUCUCAUGGAUCGCAGUGCCUCAUACCAGCUUAGUCCUGCAUCAGGGUCGGGAGACGGCGAAGGGGCAGACAGUAUGACUCGGGAGAAAUCCCACCACACCCUGGCCGACCUGAAACGCCAGCGGGCUGCUGCCAAGCUGAAUAAGUACCCAGCACCUGCACCACCUUUGCCCCCCACAGUAGAAGAGCAGCCUUCGAGCACGGCCGCAGAGGCAACAACCACUCAGGCUCAGACAGCGGUCCAUCUGACACCCAUCCCAGUGGAGGAGGUCUCUCCGAGCCAAGUGUACUUCACCCAAGCGAGCGGAGACCCUCCACUGCUGAAACUCAGAGCACCCGAGGAGGAACAGCCGAACAAUAAGGAGCCGUGCUGCGGACUUAUGUAGACUUACACACCCAUACCCACUUACACACUCCAACACACUGCCCGGAGAGGCGUGUUACAUUUCAAAGUGGCAAAAAGCUGAUUUAAAAACCAAUAUGCUUGAAAAGAAUCAUACGUUAGGUUCACAUGCCAAUGACUGAUCAAUCUAAACUACAUUUCAGAGGAGUGAAGCACAAUCUUUGUGUUUAUUCGACCCUAAACCUGAAAUCAGUAACACCUAACACUAAGGUCCUUGGACUGCUCUCUUACUGGUGGAUUUAUAAUUCACUGGAGAUCAGAGUUAAGUUAAUGUUAAUGGCAGGAGAACUAGAAACCCCAGUGUUCAAAUCACAGAUUCACCUUUUCUUGAUCACUUCUCUUAUUUCUUACUUCACUGCUCACCAACAAAAAACUCUGAAUCAUGUUUAGGUUAAAAUAUUCAUUUAAUGCUUCAUGAGAUUAAACCGCAGUUAAGAUUUUCAGAAAUAAUAAUGAGGUUAAAUUCACUAUGAAUGGUACAUGAUCUAUAAUUUCAUACAUUUACAUUAUGAUUUAAAGGUUUUUCAUGGUUGGGAGAAUUCUCGUUUGAUACAUGUUAGUUUCAGUUUACAUUUGAGCUACUCUGAAUUUACAGACACAACAGUGUGAACAAGGAGCGUAUCCUUGUUUUUUUUUUUUUCCUUGAACUGAAGAUAUAGUGGUUUUCUUUUAUUCUUCAAUGCACAAAAAGUCUAAAUCUCAAUAUUUUUAAUGGUGCAAUUUGUAAAUUAAGUGUUUGUCUAUAAAAGAAUGUGAACUGAUUUACAUUUAAAUCAGUGGAUAAUCACUUAGCUGAUCAUUAUCAAUCUUUAAAUAAUGUUUUUUUUCUGUCAGUAUUUCUAUUUUUCUACCCCAAAUUGAAUCAAAUUAUUUAUUCUAUCUAAUACAGAGUAAGACUAAAAGUGUACAGCUCUUGUACCUUUUGUUAAGAUAAAAGUCUGAACAAAAUAUUUAUCGAAGAGAUUAUGGAUUUUUUUAUCAAGCUAUGUAAACUCGUCAUAUGAUUGUGUAUUAAAAACUUGUGCCUUCCUUGGGUGGCAGAUUUUAUAUCUUUCUGCGCUAAGUUAUACAAGAUAAUUUGUCGAGGAGUGAGGCAAAAUCAGACAUGGACUCCAUCUUCAUGUGCUUUCAAUGCACUUCAGUUUCAGUCAUGCAUUUCAGAUUUGUUAGUGAUUUUUACUGAGCCCUGUUUAGAAAAAGAAAACAUAAAAAAGCGUUUUCAAAAAAGGAGUUUCACUUGUUUUUCUACAUGCAUGUGGUCUCUGAGUAUGACGUCAAUCUUUGUUUAAUCAUGGCUAAAAAGGAACAACCAAUUACAGCCCUCACGUUCUGGGCUUUUCACUUACAAGACUUCAGCUGGAGACAAAUGUCUCCAUCUUGUGGUCAAACUCCUACUCCUCCAGUGCCUUUUUCCUCUUGCAUCAUGUGUCCAGUCACUAACUGGGAAGACAUCUCAGUUGUCACUGCCGAGUCUGAUCCACCUGCCAAGGCAGCACAUGACCCACAUAGUAAACACUGUAGUUAUAAAACUAUGACAGUACAGUAAAAGAGUAUAAUCGCUUGUUUUAGGCUAACAAAGCACUCCGUUUGAGUUUAAGUAACACGAGAACUUGUUUUAGGAUUAUUUGUUCAUUAAAUGCUCAACCCAAAAUCCAAACAAGCACUAACAUGUACACAGUUUUAUACUCUUUAAAGGACAUAGCAUUAGUGGCCUUGCUAACAGUUGUACAUAGGGUGUGUUAAAAAUGGAUCCUGCUUAUGUUCAGACAUGUUAUGACUGUGAGCCAAGGCCACUUAGUGGGACUGGCCCUUUAAAUCUUCAAACAUUAAAGUCUCAAGAGAGCUGAUUUCAAGUACUAUCUGUUCCUCCAUGUUCAUCUGUCUUUUAAAAUGAAACAGAGGUCAGAUAGAUCAUAUUAUGUUGUGUUAUACUGCCAAAUUACGCACUGCAUGACACACACAAGUCACAGGGCCAUCACAUGCUCAUAUGUGAACCGUUUUAGUUUAGGAUAUCAAAUGUCUUUCCCCAAGCUCUGUCCAAGACAUCUGUGGGGUUUCUUGGUCUCACACUCUGUUCCUCUCACACAUAGGAAGCUUAUCAUGUUGCUCUCUCUCUCUCUCUUGUCUAAACAAAAGACAAGCAGAGGAAGAUUUGGAUCUCCAGCUUUUUUGAAAUCCUAAACUCUCAAGUCCACCCCCCUCAGUCUCUCUCUGUUUUAUUAACUUGAUAGAUAGCUCUCUUAGCUCUCAGUAUGCAUGUUUGUGAUAUGCAUUGGUGGUAUCUGGUAUGACGUCCAAACCUGUGUUAUGCUAUGAGGAGCUGUGUGGUAUAUAACAGGCUGGGAAAUACAGAUAAGGUCCAUGAUAAACUGCUGAUCUCUGUCUGCCGAAGACCAUUUCUCAGUCUGUUUCUCCUUAUCUUAACCUGAACCUGUCUUGACCCCCGUCAGUCACCUCUGCAAACCUUUAACCCGAACUACGCAGGGCAGCUGUAUGCAAACACAAAGCGGAAAAGGGGAAACAGACUCUGCCACAGAGCUACAUUCAGCUCUAUUUUUGUCUAUUACUUUAGCAUUACAGUAAAAUGAAAAGCUUGAGCAUUUACUUCUGCAAUCUGAAGGCUUUUUUCCAAAAUCUCCUUGUUGUAAUGCAGGGCGCAUGAUAGAUUAAAGGAUACACAGUGAGACACACUACCCUCAAGCAGUAAUGCAAGGUAUGUAGUUUUUGUCAUUAAGUUUUCAAGAAAAGCUCCUCACCCUUUGUAAUCAUGUUAAUUUUUUUCUUUUUUGAUCUGUCUACAAUGUACCUUUGAGCCAGGGUGUGUCUUGGGGACUCGGCCUCAUUUUAACUCACUCCCUUGCUGUACUCCUGACUUGUAACCUCUCCUAUUUCAUCUGGUACCAGCCAAACGGGUGUACCUCAACCUCUGUGUGGGAAAUGUGUCACAAGACCAAGCAACCCAACCAGGCAGUGACAGGUCUGUACAAACCACUCUAGCUGGUGGACACGGGCAGCUUACUUACUCUGCACUCUGCUAAGUUUGCUGUCCUCAAUGGCAGGAACAGACCAGCUGAAAAGGAGAAAUGCCUCCAAAUAAAAUAAAAAAAUACUUGGCUAAUUUAACUCUGGUGACGCUUAGCAACCAGACACUCGCUGACACACGUGCAACACCCAUCCUCCCUUUCUGAGAGACACUGAGCUCUAUUGAACAUUUCGUAUGUUUUCUUUAUUUUAAUAUCAAGAGAAAUCAAAGCUGCAGUGAUGAACUUUGAGUUUGUGUCAACUUGGCGCCCCCUGUGGACAAAGUAAUAUUUAGCUUAUCUUGUCGUUCCCAUGCUCAAGUAAUGACAUCUGGCAGAAAACUCUCAUCCUGCUGACUUUCAACCGUGAAAUCUACUAUUUCUUAUGAAUUUUUAUGUGGAAAUGUAUUUCAAAAAUUGAGCUGUUUGUGUAGCUGCUUGGUGACUCCUACCCUCUCGCACCAUUUUGGGAUGUGAAACAAUAGCAGUAUGGAAAGUGUCAGUUUUGUUACUUACGAUCCUGUGUGGUUCUGUACGCCACAAAAAAGCAUGAGUAUGAAUUUCAGUCAGUUUUUGAAAACAAACUCUUCACAGGAGCUUUCAGAAGUAUUUUUGUAUUAUCUUUAAGCUAAUUUAGCCAUAUUUUUGUAGUAUAGAGAUUAAAGGGAUAUUCUGUUGUAAAAUUAAUUUAGGGUCAAACACACCAUAACACUAAGUUAGACAGCUCCGCGAGAGAUGAAUAUUGCCGACCGCUUGCUUCUCUAGUUUUACCAACUUUAGUAACAGCCGCACGAUAGCAAUACACAACAGUCUGUUGAGUAUUGCUAUCGUGCGGUCGUUACUUAAGUUGGUUUAACUAGAGAAGCAAGUGGUCGGCAACAUUCAUCUCUCAAGGGGGUGUCUAACUCGGUGUUAUCGUAUGUUUGACCCUAAAUGAAUUUUACGCCGGAAUAUCCCUUUAAUGUGAAACCCUAGAGUAGUGUUGUGUCAUUCGCAAACGAUUCUUUCAAAAGAACCAAAUCGUUUAUAUGAACGUACGUAGCGAUUAGUCUGUUUCUCACUUCAGUUGAGCUGAAGUGAGAAACAGCAUUGUCAGGCCAGCAGCUGGCGAACGAGGGUGAACGAAUCACAAAUCGAACUACACUCUCUGGAAUCAUUUUUGUCAGAAAAAACUACCUUUUUUUCACUGCUAAAUUGCCACCACAACAACUUGCAUACAACGGUACACAGCAUGUAACAAGUAGUGCAUUAAACCCGCAGCAUCCUAUCAUUGCAGCGGUUUGCGAGGGAAUGGUGUAUGUUCAGUGUGAAUUCAUCUAAAGGUUCGGUGAAUGAAUCACUCACUGACCCCAAUUUACCAAGCAGCAUGGUACAUCAUGACUUAUAAACAAGUUAAUUUUUACAAACCUGUUUGCCAAAGCAACUCAGCCAAACACUUUCAUCUCCCGGUCACAGAAGCUAUAAACUGAACUGAAUCCUGAAACAUUCAGCUGUGUAUCAGUUCAGGAGGUCGCAGUCACAGGCUUCUCCCACUAAAUGAUUCAGUGAUUUGGUGAACGAAUCUUUUCAGUGAACUGAUUCUAGUGAUUCAGUAAAUCUAAAAUAACUGCCGCGCCCAUCACUACCCUAGAGAAUCCCUCUCUUUUUCAGUCUAAUGUUGGCAGGAAGCCCAUGCCACCCCUGAAUCUACAAACUCAGGCUCCGCCACUGUCAAUUCAGUCUCUUCACCCCCAGUGAGAUUCGUUGUUUCUCUGAAAGUUUGACAAACUUUCCAAAGUAGAGCUGUGCUGUUUCUGCAGACUAGGCGGAGGGCACUUAAGGUAACGUUUAAGCGUCCGUAAGCACACUGAAGCCACAGCAGCGGCAGAGUACAGUGAAGGAAUCCAGCCAACCAUGGGCUGGCGCGAGCGAAGGCGUGUCGUCCGGGUGGGAAUAUGAAGCGCGAGAGGCUCAACUGUCAGUCAGGGGCUGGAGGAGCUGAAAGAGGGAAAGUAAACACUCACACGAGCUGAGCUAACUUCUGCAGCCGAACAACUGGUAACAGCUGAUACUCUUUAUCACCUCCUGAACAGGCUCGCAUGUGAAUUUCUGUUCAUUCACGAUGUUUCUCAAUGUACUUCUAUGUUUCAGAUUAUCAGACCGCGCGGCGACAACGGCAGGAAAAACAGCGUGCGCGUGACAUAACACAAAAAAAGAGAAAAUGUCCCAGCAGGCAGUGAACGGGGUCCCGCACCGGGGCAAGGUGCUCACUCUGGAUAACAUGAACCCCAAUGUGAAGCGGGUCGAGUACGCGGUGCGAGGUCCGAUAGUGCAGCGGGCGGUUCAGAUAGAGAAGGAGCUGAAAGAGGUAAAGUGUUUGGGGGCUGCAGGAGGCGCGCUCCUCACACACUCACUCACUCACUCACUCACAGAAGUUUGAUAAUGUAUGCAGGGGGGUGGUUAUAGUACUGUGGUGCCAAAAAACAAGUAAAAAGUGUUCAAGAUGGUGAUAUAUGCAUGGUUUCACUAACAAUAGAGCAUGUGUGGUGGUCCAUGGGGUAUAGUUGUGAGGUAUGUGGAGCACAGGCUUGUUGUGAGGAUAAAGUAAUGCUCUUCACAGCUGUGUAACCUCUUCAACAGCUGGAAUUUGACCUCAAAAAGCAGCAAAACAUCAGUAAUUUCUGCUUUAAGCUGACAGCUGUAUACUUUGUGGCCAAACAUCACAGCAGAAAAAAAGUAUUUUGAUCUCAUUCAACAACUUUUUUUCCCCUUAAACCAAAAGAAACAUCAUUUCCCUCUUAGUUCCACUGAGAAAUUCUUGACUAGAAGGAGAAGUGGGUUGUCUACAUGGACAUGACUGCUGCUUUGAACACGUUUUGCUGACUGACUGACUGACUGACCGAGAGUGAGAGAGUUCAGGGAGUAGACAGUAGGUCAGCUUUUAAAGUCCCUGCAUGACAGCAGUGGUGGGCCUGUUAUGUCCUGCGUGUCUCCACUCAUGUUACCCACUCUGCUUUCGUAAUAUCGAUCCUCCUUGGUUUCUUAAGAAAGGGCAAGCAGGUUUAGCAGGCGUCUGUAAUGAAACCCCGGCGUCUGCAGCUAUGUCCUCCUCCCAGGUUUUGUAAUGAGCGGGAGGGGACUGCUCUAUCCUUGUUUGAGUGCAUUUCACUCGCAUUGCUCUGGCCUAAGGUGACUGCAGAAUCGAGAGGAGGAUGUGUAUAUGGAGAAGUGUUAUUAUGUAAGAUGAGAGGGUACAUUCUCUGCCCCUUUUGUGUCUCUGGGUUUAUCCACCUCCCUCCUCCUCAUAGGGUUGAGAGUCCAUUGGACGAGGCUGCAGCUGUGAGGCCCGGUGGCGUCAGUGGCCUUUCUCUGCAAGGAGCUUCAUUGCUGGCAGUCCUAAUUCUGCUAAAAGUGUUUCAAUACUUGGUAGUUCCCUUGUUUUUGUUCCCCAUGUGGAAUACAAGAUGAGAAUUUGCAUCAUUGACUUACACAGGAUGAUGUUAAGAGGGCAAAUCCAAGGUCUGACGAGGGAGUGAACAAACAUGAUGCUACUAAAAGUGUGUGUGUUUAGUCGACAUUGGUUGCUUUCUGAGUUUCCUGAGCAAACCACAGCCCUCUUUUCAGGUUUAGAUCAACCUGUCAAACAGAACUGCCUGUGGUAAUGCAAAUGCAAAAUAACACAGUUGUAAAUGUGACCUCUCUGAGUCCUCUCAGGGGUUCACUUUGCUGCAGUUGCCCAGUCAUCUGCAGGUCUGCUUCCUGUCAAAUCUGUGACUGGAACACUUUUACUGAUGGCUCAGCAGAUUUUAUGCAAGUGUGUGUUUGUGGAGCCAUGCGCUGGUGUGGCGUUGACCCUUAUAAAUCCUUACACAGACAUCUGGUAUGACAUUGUCUGCACUGCAGUGAGCUAAUUCAGGCUUGGAUUUCAGCUGCUGGGAACGCUGCUUUUCUGUGACAAUGGAGAGGUGACGCACAGAGGUUUAACUUUAGAGUUAUGGGCUCGUUUUUUCUACCAGUUAGUUAUUGUAGUCCAUGUGUUUUGAUUCUUUAACAGGUAUUCAGAGGGUUUCUCUGUCAUCCUGUUGAGUUAGGCUGAUCACAUGGGAAAAACAGCAGAGGUUAUUCAUUAGUUUGCAUCGGCCAGAACUUAAUUAAGUAAAGUUAUAAUUAGUCUAGUGUGACUGUGCGCAGAUUGAGGGAAGGCAGUCUCAUAAUUUAAAACAAAAUUGCAAAGAAGCGCUGUCUAGACUCAACAGAGUUAGUUGUAUAUUAUUUUGCAAUAUAGAGACUCAUCGAAUUACCAGAAAACUCUGAUGCACUUUGCCCACUGGUUAAAUCUGGAAGUGAAAAUGUGUGUGGGGGGUGUGUGUUUAAAGUCCAAGAUCGAGAUUUUAUUAUUACAUUUUUUCUUAAAUAAAAACUGACUUAGAUUUCACCCGGGUUGUCAGGUCAGUUUCUAAUCAUCCCUCUAGGGUUUCCGUGCCUGGUUCACUGGUCCAGCCUGUGUAAUCAGUGCCUGGUGCUGAGUGAGCAGGAGAACACAGCGCUGAUCCGUUGGGAACCGAGCAGCUCCUCUCUCCCUCUCUACCCUUGGAGAACAGCAGCGUCUUUGUUGCUCAGGGGCGAAGACUAAAAAGGGAUCGCACUGCAUCCAGUUACAUGGAGUUCAAACAAGCUUAUAUCUGAUUUAAUACCAAAACCAAAAAAACCCUGUAGGACCUGCUUACUGCUUACGAGAAAAAUGAUAAUAUUGGCUCAGUAGAAAAGAGUAAUCUCAUUUUUACCCCUGAGGGCCUUUUGCUUAGUAUUUUAUUUUGUAAAACAUGUCCAAUCAUGACAAGAAUCACCAAAACAGUGUGGGUUGUUUUGACCAUAUAUGCUGUCAGUAUCACAAACAUAGUGUAUUUAUUUUCAUAAUUAUUUUGACUGAAUACAUGACACGAUUUCAGUGUAGGGAGGUUAGCUUUGUUAACAGAGUCAUCAGUUUAAUGACCACAGUUCAUGUUCAGACUCACAUUCAUGCAGACACACCACAAACAGUUUACAUCUACCUGUAGAUGAAAGAAGUUCCUUUUUUUUAAUAUUUCUAUUUUAGCCAAGCAGCAAAUUCAAACUUUUUGUUCAGACAUUACAUUGCAGGAAAAACAGUUGGUUCAUAGUUGUGUUGCAGAUCAAUUUACUGUUUUUUUGUCUGAUUCAGUUUGUGAAAUAGGCAACUUUUAAGCUUAAAAUCACAAUGAGCACGAACAAAAUUUAUGUAUUAACCAAAGAAUCAAAAGACAGAAUCCUUCUAUUCCUGACAUCUUACUUUCACCUGCUGUAUCAUGAUGUCAUCUCAUCUGAUGAACAGCAACAGGUGCAACAUAUUUGGUCCCACAAACAGACUAACGAGCACCAAACCAGAGGCCCAAUUAGAUCAGAGCAACAAAGAUGAAGGCUUUCUGAUUGGAUGAAGAUGAAAGGUGAGCAAAUGAUUUAGACUAGAGCAGAAACAAGAAAGACUCUGCUCGUCAUGCGAUUGGAUUACGCCAGCGACUCCUCUCCAACAGCCAGAAACAGAGGGGGGUUUGUGUGUCUGUGCGGCCCGGCAGCAGUAGCAGCAGCAGCGUCAUCCCUGUUCAAACUGGCCAGAGCUUCCUGCGAGCCAAAACAGACUCCAUGCCAGCCAGGGUCUUUGUGAAACAAAAGGCUGCUAAUGAGGGGGGAUGCGUGUGUGAGAUGAAUGCUAGUGUCUUUGCUUUGACUCACAUGCUGAGCCAUCAGGUGGCAACAACAGCACAGAUGAACAGUAGAUGGGAUUCAGGUGUUGAUUCUUGUUUCUGUGGAGUUUGUUGAAGAGUUAAAGGAAAACUUUGAUAUUUUUGAGUGUGGAAUAGGGCUGCACAGUAAAUUGCAAUUUUUAUUUAUUGAUUUAUUUUUAUAAAUAUAUCCCAAUAUGAGAAUUUGCAAUAAAUGUCACAAAAAUUGGGGCAUAUCUCACCCAACUGUUAGAUUUAACCUGCCAGGAGGCUAAAAUAUAAUGGACUUGUUGUAGAUCUUUGUGUACAGUUAAUAGGAUCAUUUCUUGUCCACAAGCUGCUGACUCAAACAGCUGAUAUGACGUCAUGUACCUCAAGUGUAGGAUUACACUACUGCUUAGUGGAGGAAAAAAAUGCAGAAAUGCCAUUGCAAUUAUCUCAUUAUAUAAUCAUCAUUUUAAUUUUUUUCUACAACCCCCAUCCACAGCCAUCAAAAGCUAGGUGUGUCUCAUCCAUCCUUCUUCUUUCCGUAAUAUUCAAAUGAUUCCCUGGAAGGUUAAUCUGAGGCGUGUCCAUAUAUCUCCUCCACACCAUGUGUCCAUACAUGUUCUGUUUACAGCAGAGCUGUCUGAACAUGUAAGAAAUGUUGCUCAGAAAUGUAUGUCCUAGAUUUUUUUUCAUUCAUCCUCAUGUCCUUAUGUCCCCAGGGUGCCAAGAAACCCUUUACAGAAGUCAUCAGAGCAAACAUUGGUGACGCCCACGCCAUGGGCCAGAAACCAAUCACAUUUCUCAGACAGGUAGGACCACUUUUUGCAUAUUUGUUUCAGGAUAUUUGACUAUAAUCCCCUGUGUGCACUCAUGUUUCAUGCAUUUUCAGUUCUGGUUGUUUCCUCUUUAAGGUCUUGGCUUUGUGUGCUUACCCUGAACUCUUGGAAGACAACAAGUUUCCAGAAGACGCCAAGCAAAGAGCGCGGCGAAUUCUUGAGGCCUGUGGCGGCCACAGCAUAGGUCAGACAACUCCCCUUUUCUCCGCCAACCACAGUCGCAUCCCAUCUUUCCAAAACACACAUGUCAGGGCUACCCGCCUCCAUUUGACUACUCAUUAAUAAUUGAUCAGGACAGUUAGAGCACUAUCUAAACGGAACAACAACUAAUCAAUGCAGCACACUCUGUUUGAAUCAAAGUUCAUGUUUCGUGUGUUAAAGGGGCGUACAGCGCGAGCCAGGGCAUCGAGUGUGUGCGUCAGGAUGUGGCGCGCUACAUUGAGAAGAGAGAUGGCGGGAUCCCCUCCAAUCCAGACAACAUCUACCUCUCCACCGGGGCCAGUGAUGCUAUUGUGGUACGAUUUACACUUUUAUUGUCUCCACAUAAGUGCAGACAAAGUGAAGAGCGGGCAUCCUCAAAUUUUAUGAGUUUGUGGUUUCCAUAAAUCUGUCGCACAUGACCUACUUUCCGGAUAUUCAGCCUGUGAAUCUCGUCUCUGUUCAUGUUAAUUAUACACUUUGCUGUACUUUGUACAUCUGUAACUUGAUUCCACCCAGAGACCUUUGUCACUUUUUCACUGCCAGAACAACUUUCUCUUGUUUUAUGUAACCUAAUAAGGCGAAUGAAUGACCUCCAGAUACUCUCAGCUACUGCCCUACGUGAUACCUGCUGUAAAACCCUGACAUGUUUGGCCCAUUAAAGUUAUUUGCUCAGCUGAUAUGAAAUUAAUCUGUCAUGCGCUCUGUGGGCGCUUUUCAUAUUUAUACUUCACAGCUAGUUUUCUUUACUUUAGCUAAUUAGAUUGGUCGUACAUUACCUCAAUAUUUUGCAUUGAUAGUUUAUUUUCCAGACUCAAAACCCACCUGUUCAGAUUAGAACACUCCUUACAAUGUAUCUUGACAUGUUUUUGUUUGUUUUAUUAAUACAUACAUGUAUAUAUACUUUAUUUGUUUGUUUGUUUGUUUGUUUGUUUUGUUUUCUCUAUUGCUUUUAUCCUGCUGUUUUUACCCUGUAGAUUGUCAAGAAAGACGCUUAUAAAUAAAAUGUAUUAUUAUUAUUAUUUCAACGAUACAGAUAUGCAAUAAAUGAUCAGUUAAAUUUGUUUUACAAAAGUCAAAAAUGCUGUGUUUUCAGCUGGAAAAACCCCUUACAGUGUUUUUAAACAUUGAAAAUAACUAGAGAGAUUAUUUGUUGUGUUGCUUGAAGGUCAUAAAAGAAGCAUCAAUAUCAAUCUGUUUCUCUCUGUCUUAUCCCAGACCAUGCUAAAGUUGCUGGUACGCGGCGAGGGACGUGACCGUACAGGAGUGAUGAUCUCCAUCCCUCAGUACCCUCUGUACUCAGCGGCCGUGGCAGACCUGGGUGCGGUGCAGGUCAGUUAUUACCUGGAUGAGGACAAGUGCUGGGGUUUGGAUGUUGCAGAGCUCAGGAGAUCUCUCCAUGAAGCCAGGCAGCACUGCAACCCCCGUGUCCUCUGCAUCAUCAACCCUGGGAACCCCACAGGUAUGUCUGCUGGAAGGACUGUAUGCAGCGUUUCUUUUUUUUUUGUCAGCGAAUUUCUGCACACCUAACUUACAUUUUAAUGUGUGGCAGGUCAGGUCCAGAGCAGACAGUGCAUAGAGGAUGUGAUCAGAUUUGCUAAAGAGGAGCAUCUCUUCCUCAUGGCUGAUGAGGUAAUAUGCCCAUGCCUUGUUUUUUUUCUUAGCACUUUUUAACACUCCUUUUGGUUACGCCCUCAUAUUUUGAUCCUGUUCCAGGGCUUGGCACUUACUUUUUUCACAAGGAGCACAUGUGCUCCUAAGUUGAAAAAGUAAGGAGAACACAAAGAACAAUGAAAAUUGAUCAAAUAAUGUGUGUCUUAUUGGCCGACAUAAGUACUAUUAUUUGAAAUCAGUUUGAGGUGUUUUGGUCACAUGUCGUGGAAGCUAGUGUAGAAAAUUGUUCAAAAUUUGUCUUUAAAUUGAACACAAAAAAUUUUUAGAGGACAAAUUAAGGAAAUAAAGAGGUGUGUCUUAUUGUCCGACCUUUGUACUAUUGUUUGAAGUCAAUAUUAGAUCAAUUGGCCACAUGACAUGGAAGCUAUUGAAGGAAAACAGCCUUUUUUGAGAACAUCAACCAGUAAUUUAUUGAUGGUCCCUUAUUCAAUACCCAGCGUUGACAGCAAGUGUACCGAGUAGAUUUAUCCACGCUGCUGUUGUUAUUCCUGGUUAUGGAGAGUAAGAAGACACCGGUAGAUCCACGGUGAAUGUCAGUCGGAUAUCCAACCUAAAACUAACUUCACAGCAGUAUUUACAUGAAAAAGCAUUUGUUGCCUUGGCUGAUUUUUUUUUUUACGAGCAUGUCCCCCUAAAUACAUUUUACAAUUCGCACACAUCUAUUUUUAGUCGCAAAUGCCAGUGAAACGGUCGCACUGUCGAGCCCUGUGUACUGUUGUCUAUCCUGGCAUUGCUUCAUCCGUCGAAACCUCACAUGAACUCUCGCUUCUAAAUGUGCAAACACAUAAAAGUUGUUGUUCUCGUUUUCACUCGUUAAGAACUUUUUAUUGUAACGCUGGUCCCAUGAGUCACUUUCUUUUACUACUCAAGACUGUAAUUAGCUUCAGUUGUUACGCAACCAGAGUGAGAAUGGCUGUACCUAUUAUAGAGUUGUUGCACAUUUGAUUUUGCACAGACUGGUUUUGUUCUGUUUUUAAUCCGCUUUCUUUUUCUAGGUGUACCAGGAUAACAUAUAUGCAGAAGGCUGUCAGUUUCACUCCUUUAAGAAAGUGUUGUUUGAGAUGGGACCAGAGUACUCAAGCGCAGUGGAGAUGGCCUCCUUUCACUCUACCUCCAAGUGCUACAUGGGAGAGUGAGUAACUACACACACACUUAUAUAUCUAAAUGGCCCUUGGAGGUGUUGUAAGUUCUUGGGAUGUAGUGUAAACCUCCUGGAGUAAAGGUGAGUCCUUGUGUUUGACUCCCUCCUCUCCUCUGUUUGCUCUGCUAGGUGUGGAUUCCGUGGAGGAUACAUGGAGGUGAUUAACAUGGACCCUCAGGUGAAGGCCCAGCUCACCAAACUGGUGUCAGUGCGCCUGUGCCCUCCAGUGCCUGGACAGGCUCUUCUGGACCUGGUGGUGAACCCGCCCCAGCAAGAUGAGCCCUCCUACGCCACGUUUAUGAAGGUCUGAUGAAACGCAUACAAACUGGCACACAUCCUGGUAGUGUUUUAGUGUGUGCAAACACUGAAUUUACUUAUGUAAACUCUAGCUGUAUAAUCUGUGUACAGAAAGCCUGUACUGAGUUUGCCGAAGUCUUCAUGCGAGUACUUUGAAAGGAGGAGCUCUGAAUCCUGUUCUAUGACUAUGCAGUCAUGUCUCUCCAAAAAUAGACCAAACAUCAGUAAAUGAAAUAAUGCACCCGCUAACUUUGCAUACCAUUGAUGUUUUGUAGAUCUCUAUCGGUUAGAUUACUGUUCAGCGGAGACAUUGUGCCUUAAGCAAUCAAUGAAAGGCGUCAAAAGAUUAUCCCCUUUUCAAAAGCAGGAACAGCAUCCAGACCUGUGUAACUGGCUGGACAAGAUUUAGAAAAAUGUUCUCACCCAGUGACCCAAAAGAAAGAAAUCUUGUCCUAAACCCUCAAGCAAAAAGAGAAACUUCUGUUUGAAACGAGGUCAAAGUAAAGAUUUGAAUGUAAUGCAGUCUUAAUGACAGAUAAGAAAAGAUCUUUCCAACCCUCUUCCUACACACUCCUGCUUAAUUUAUGCAUUUGCAUGGAGAGUCAACCACCUUUUGAGUGCCGUCCAAACCUUCCAAGUGUGGAGUGGGAGUGGGUUGUUGGACCUUUCAACAGCAGUCCUGCACCACUACGGGCCAACUUACCAGAUUUAAUACGGUUACUUAGUCAUGGUAGAUGCUGCAUAUCAGAAUCAGAAAUACUUAAAUAAUCCCUAAGGGGGAAAUAGCUAUAUGUUACAGUAACUCCAGUGCAAAUAAAGUAGAAGAGGAGAUACAUAAUAGAUAAAAUGAGUAAAAAUAAAGAGAUAAUGUACAAGUAUGUACACUAUGUACAACACAAAAUAGUAAAACAGUGAGCAGAGUCCAGGUAAAGACGACUGACUGAGGGUGUCAGAGUCACUGAGGGAGGAGUUAAAAAGUCUGAUGACCUGCUGAAGAUGCUCCUCUGCAGGACCAGUAUGUUGUAUCCACAAAGAAUAAGACAUGACUAUCAAGAUCAAAUGUUACCACAUACUCAAAGCCUGACUUCAGAGGGAGCACUUCAUAGUGGAGUGUAACUGAGAAGCAACUGGUGUGAGAAAGAGCCAUGUACUGGCUCAGUAUGGUGUGUGGUCUGCUGGGUGUUGCAAUGCUUCAAUUGGCCACAAGGGGGCUAAAUGACCACUUAAUACAGAAUAUGAUGUUUUUAACCAUGGAGCUGGCCACUUGAAAUGCCACUUAUACUUCAGUUAUAAAACAUUUUAUCUAUUUAAUACUGAUAUGAACACAUUGUUGACUGUCAACUGCAGCCUUGUGAUCCACCUGGGAAAGUCUGGAUUUCACAAGAUAAUUUGAGCAUUAGAAAACAUCACUAUUAUUCUCACUUUAUUUGUAUUUUUAUGUAUUCUUCUGGACUUCCGUUCUUGUGACCUUUCACCCCUGACAGCUCCACUCUUCUCUCCCAUCAGGAGCGGACGGCAGUGUUAGCAGAUUUAGCGGAGAAGGCCAGGCUGACGGAGCAGAUCUUCAACACGGUACCAGGUAUCACCUGUAACCCAGUGCAGGGGGCUAUGUACACCUUCCCCCGCAUCACUCUACCUCAGAAGGCCAUCGAUAAGGCAAAGGUCUGCAUCACACUUUUACAUUUAACUGCUUAACAUAACCCUGAAUUACUGUUCCUGUGUGAUUUAAGUGUAUGUGUGCAUAAAUCCACAGGAGGAAGGAACGGUCCCUGACAUGUUUUACUGUAUGAAACUGCUGGAAGAGGAGGGAAUCUGUUUGGUACCAGGAAGUGGCUUUGGCCAGAGAGAGGGAACUUUCCACUUCAGGUUAGUGCAUCUAAGGCUGUAACAGUUACAGAUUUUCCAAUUAUAGAGUUGGUGUAUUUAAAGCAUUAACUUCUAAGUUAUCACCUGAUUUGAUUGAUUCUGUUGCUUUGUCCAGAAUGACCAUCUUGCCUCCGACCGAGAAACUGAAAGUCGUCCUGCAGAAAAUCAGCGACUUCCACCAGCGGUUCACUAAAGAGUUUUCAUAG